AUGGAGCACCUGCAGACAUUCCUGCUCCCUCUCCUGAUGCUGAUGUGGCCCCCAGUCAACACCAUCCUAUCCAUUGCAGAUUAUUCCUGGAAUCGGAGGGAGGGAGGAGGUGAAGCCAGGACACCCUCCACACCCUACAUGGCCUAUCUGCAAGGAAAGAACAACCAUUCCUGCGGAGGGUUCCUUGUGGCCCCGAACUGGGUGAUGACAGCAGCUCAGUGCCUUGUCCACAAACCUCUGACUGUCAUCCUCGGAGCCCACACAGUCCAAAUGAAAGAGAAAAGCUGGCAAAAGUUCGAAGUCGAAGAGUAUCACUGCCACCCACACUUUACCAGUCCUAAGGAGGGAAAUGACAUCCUCUUGCUGAAGCUGAAGGGCAAAGCCACCAGCAACAGCUUCGUUAGGACCAUUUCCUUUGAAAAAUCCAAAGUUCGUGGUGGGACUGUGUGCAGCGUAGUCGGCUACAAGACACCCACUGGCACGUUACGUGAAGCCACUGUCACCAUCAUCAAACAAAGGGACUGCCUCAGCCGCUACCCUGGGCUUGCUGAAAACUUGAUUUGUGGCAGCAGAUCUGCUGAGGUUCCUGAAAAGGGUGAUGCCGGGGAUCCACUGGUCUGCAAUAACAAAGCCUAUGGCAUCUUCUCCUACAGGCAUAACAACUGGCCUGGUUUCUACACACACAUCGCUCCCUACCUUUCCUGGGUCAACAGUGUCAUGAAGUCAGCAUGA